AUGUCUAUAGGUUUUCUGAUAUUGUUAAGUUUUUUUGGAAGUUAUAUAAAAGCAGAAGACGAAGUAGUGAUUCGUAAUGGGUGUCCAUACUUAGACGUAAACAGCCAAAUAAAUUUACUGAAAAAGGAGACCUAUUUCAAUGACAAAGAAAAGAUUGACGUUUAUAUAAAAGGAUUUAUUGAUAAAGAAUCUCUUUACAACACCAUUCAUAAGGUAAUCCCUGAUGGCUGAAAACCCAGAGUACAAAUAAAAGAUAUCAGAUAUCUGCACCCAUCAGCAAUCUGAGUCCCAGAAAGAAACUUAUUUUUAGUAGCGAUGCGCGUAUGGGUUUUAUCCAGGAUCUGCUACAUUUAUACUACUUUUUAUGAUAAGGACUGAAAAGAAGUAGGGGAUGAAGUUAUGAUUGGCUCGACAAAAGUUCCUUCCGUCUUGGACAUACCUCAUUCAUGGAAUUACGAAAACAGCGGCCCAGAAGACGGAAGGCUUUUCAGAGCUUUUUCUGAUCAGUUUUUUAUUGCGUUUAACAUGAAGAAGCUUGACUUAUCUGCACGGCCUAUGUUUAUAUAUAGCUACACAACUGGGAAAACCCAGCAGUUAUUCAUUCCAGAGCACCAUGGAAAUGUAGUGAUCAUGGAAAAGAAUUGGACGCCACUCAUUAUAGAUGAUGAGCACAUGUACUUUGUAUAUAACUUUGAAAACUUCCAAGUCAUUGAUUGCUCAACUGAUGGAAAUUGUGUUAGAGUUAAUGGGGAGUAUAAGUGAAAGCCAGGAUUUCUUAGAGGCGGGUCACCUUAUGUUAGGUUUGGCAAUUCAAAUUAUUAUGCUGCUCUGAGCUGGACACAUACUGAGCUUCCAAAGGAAGGGUGAUGCUAUACUAAUUUACCAUAAAUUGCCCGUUACUAUUACGAAUGAAAAACCAAUAUUUUUAUCAAAUAUUUUGCAAAUUGGAGUUUUAAAUGCAAAUAAAAUUUAAUUUUUGUUACAAUUAAAAAAUUAUAGUUCAUUGGGCCUUUUUGGUCACCAAUAUAAGGCCAUCUGGUACCCAAAAAGGUUCAAGGCACUAUAACCCCUUUAAAAAACCUCAAAAGAUUUUCUGUUCACUCUUAAAAGGAGGGAAUAAGUAGUAUUUUUGAUUAUUCAGGAACCAUAUUAUUUGGCUUCUUGGUAGUCUAUUUAUUUAUUGCAAACAGGUAUACUUGUACAGACCCGCUCUCACAGUAGUUCACGCAAUCAGUGAAGAACUGCAAUUCAAGUUAGUCUACACAAGUGAGCCAAUUGACUUUCAGAAAAGCCUAUUCAUCAAGCCUGCUGGCCCAAACAGCUCGCUUGGCGAAGUAAAUUUAUGCUACACUUGGCUUAUGUCAAACUCAAUUGCAAAAUGAGACACUGAAAACGAUAUAGCUGACCUCACGCUGACACACCAAGAUGCUUUUCCUGCAGCAAUAAAAAUCACUGGCCUUACCAAACUAAUUGAGAAUAUCAUCCACUUAUAUGAGUCUGGAAAGCUUCCAAAGGAAGAUCAUUGUGCAGACAAGUUGCUUUAUUUCUACUACGAUAGAAAUGAUUUAGCUUACCCUGGAAAGGGAAUGGAAGAAAGCGAGUUCGAAAAAAUGCUUGCUGCGGCCCCCAAACCGAGCUGCGCAGGCGGACAAUAUCUUGACACCGAAUCCAAAACUUGCAAAAGUAAUGAUAAUUUAGAAUGCUCCAGCCUUUGCUCUGAGUGUGAAUUAUAUGACUACUGUACGAGAUGUACUGAUCCUAAUUCAAAUCCUUUCUCAGGCUAUUGUGUAUGCAAAGACGGGUUCUACUUAGAGAAGAGCAGCAAUUCCUGUGAAAGUAAAGUUUAUUUAGUGUGUAUGACUGAUUGUGCAAGAUGCUUACUCCCCCCCUCCGUGAGUGAACAAAAAAAUUUUGUUCACUCACGGAGGGGGUUAAUUUUUUUUUAAAAAAAAUUAUAUAUAAAUUUUUAUAAAAAUAUUUUUUUUCGAAAUUUAAAAAAAUCCUAAUUCGCAAAAAUUUGAAAGCAAAUAUUAAUUUAAUUUAUAAAAUUUAUGUUUUAAAAAACGCAAUUUCUUUAAAAUUAAACAGAUUUAGCUCGAGAUUUCAUUAUAAUAAUUAACACUUAUAUAUCAAAUUUUUUUUUCAUAAAAAAUUUUUCUAUUAAAAAAUUUUUGUUCACUCACGGAGGGUGGGUUUUUUGGGCAAAAAAAUAGCGAUUUUUCUAAUGGUUUUGUUCACUCACGGAGGGGGGGAGUUAGCAAGAGAUAAUUGCUUGGCUUGCAAAAACUUAAAUUCUGUUUCAGAUAACGGGAUUUGCAAAUGUCUUGAAGGAUUUGUGGAAGUUUAUAACAAAAUCAGUUCAAAGUAUUCUUGCGAACGUAUUACUUAAGCAGUUUAUGACCCAUAUCGAGACAUUGAGUGCUACAGAAGCCGCUCAGAGAUUGAUACAAGCAAGUACCACAGUUUUGUAAACAUGCAUUUUGGGUACAGCAAAAGUGAUAAGCAGCAGUCUCUUUUUCUCUCAACCCAAAAGGACUCAAAUGUUGCCGAGCACAAGUUUUGCUCCUUUGAAAUUGCAAGAAAUAAAGCGCAAAGCAUGAAAACAAGCUGACAUGAAGAUGGGUUUGAAAUAGAAGUUGAAAUGAAAAUCACCAAAUUAGGAUAG